AUAAAAAAAAUAAAUUCAAUAAUUUUCCUAUUUUUUAAAAUAAUUAAACUAAACUAAUAACCAAUAACUAUUAAACCUAUUUAAUUUACACCAUUUAAAUCAUCAUUAUUUGGUUGGAUCUAUAUUAUCAUUAUUGUUACUAUCCCUAAAUGAUUAAAACAAUAAUAUUCCUAUAUUGUAUAUUUAUCUUAUUCAAUCAAUUCAUUAACAUAUAUGGUAUGAUCCCAGAACAAUGUGGUUACAAUUUAACUAGACGUAUACCAGUAUGUUGUCCAAUAAGUAAUAUUAAUGGUGAAGUAUGCGGUGGACCAAAAUAUGGUAAAUGUAUACAAAUAUGGACACCAAGAGAAAAAGUACCAAGUGUAUUUUUAAUUGAUGAUAGAAUUGAUUGGCCAAAACGUUAUUUUACAUAUUUUUGUCAAUGUUAUGGUAAUUAUUUUGGUUCAGCAUGUGAUGAAUGUUGGUUUGGAUGGAAAGGACGAUAUUGUAAUAAACGUUCAGUUAGAAUACGACGUGAUAUCAGGACAUUAAGUAAUAAAGAGCUACAUGUAUUUAAAACUGUAGUUGUAUUAAGUCAAACAUGGCCAUCUGGUUAUCUAUUAGUUGAUGAAUCGAAUAAUUGGUAUGUUGAUCCAUUGAGAAAGCCUAGAUUAGAACAUGCUUCUGUUCAAUAUUAUAUUACUUAUUUACAUCGUUAUGGUAGUCGUAGUACAUUAUAUAAAAAUGUUAAAGAUUGUGAAGAUUAUGGAAUAUUAAAUUUCAAUCAUGAUGGUGUUUGUUUUCCAACAUGGCAUCGUUAUUAUGGUCUGUUAUGGGAGAGAUUAAUGUCAAAAAUUGCGAUGAAAGUAUUUGGUAUAACAGAUUUUGCAACACCAUAUUGGGAUUGGAUUGGUUUAGCAUAUUGUGAUAUAUGUACAAAUAGAUAUAUUGGUGCACCAGGUAGACUCAGUGAUCUCGGAAGACAUAUAUCAUCUGGAUCACCAUUUAGUAAUCUAACUGAGUUCUGUUAUGAACCAAUAAAAGAUAUGCUUUGUACUGGUUGUCAGAAAUCUAUAAAGAGGUUAACAAUUACACGGGAAUUUAAAAAAGGGAAUCUUCCGGAUGUAGAGGAUUUGAAAUAUGUUUUAAGCUUAUCACAAUAUUAUGUUCCUGGUGAACGUCUCAGUCCUGUAUGUCGAUCAUUUAAUAUUGCAUUAGAAGGAUUUUGCGGUCGACCAGGUGCUGAUCCAAAUUCAAGAUGGUUUCAUAAUAAACUGCAUGUAUUAGUUGACGGAAGUAUGUGUUGUACAGGGACAGCAAGCAAUGAUCCAUUAUUUAUAUUACAUCAUACAUUUAUAGAUAAAAUAUUCGAAUGUUGGUUAAAGACAUAUAAUCCUAGUCCAAACGCAUAUCCCGAUAAAAAUGUUCGUCCUGGACAUUCAAGUUAUUCAUUUGUUAUUGGGAUUAUACCACUUGCUAGAAAUAUAGAAUUUUUCAAACCUUUAUCCAGUUUUGGAGUAUAUUAUGAUAAUAAAUUAUUUGGUACAUUUGCACAUGAUGGACGACCUCCAUAUUACUGUUCAAGAAUGGAAACUAGAACAAAAGGUUAUUAUUAAAAAAAUCGGGUCCUUUUUUAGAAAAAAAAGAUACAUUUUAUUUCAUUGAAUGUCAAUAUGAUUUGAUUUCCCUCCCCAAAAAAAUGUUUAAUUUAAAAUCGUAAUAAAAAUAAUAAUUUUGGUAAUUCG